AGUAUUCAUUCAUAAAACUAAGCGAGGAGUGAGGCUAAGCCAGCGUGCACCGGGAUUGGUGGGGACCCGACACCGGGAGAGACCGUCUCUCCUCUCUCUUUUUCUCUUCUUCGCGCGCUCGUUUCUCUCUAUCGGCCGAUCGUCUCUUCUUUGUCUCUACCGAUCGUGUGUUUCCUCGGUAUAUCGUUACCUUGGCGUUUUACUCGUGAAUCCUCGUGUUUGCUUUUCUUUGUCGCUUGUGACCCGUUUCUUCGGACAAAUUCGCUUUUCUCAGUAAGUUUUCCGAUUUACGUCGUUCGUUUUAAUACGCGCCGCUUUCAAAGUUUUGCGAAUUUCCAAAAACCCGGAUCGCACGAUCUGCUGCUGCUGUCUGUAUAGACGCAACGGGAGCGAUCGUAUCCAAUUUGCUAUACGUAUAUCCAUUUUCUCUGUCCUUUUCCCCUCUCGAAGUCAUAUUUGGCUCGGUACACGCAGACCCGCAACGAUCUCCGUUAUCUCGUCAGCCAGCCAACGAGCGAAUCUACGCGAUUCAACGGGCCGAAGGACAAGGAAUAACCCACGGUGCCUGUCCACCUCCGCCGUCGGCUCCGCCGCCACGUCCCCCACGGCCCGUUGCCUCGAAUAAACUCUCUCGAUCCCCUCUCUGCCCUCACGACCGUGUCUCUUCGCCUCUUCUGUUCUUCCCUCCACCAUACACGAUUCUAUCCUCCUCCUUUUCCUCCUUCUCCUCAUUCUCCUCCACCUCUUCUUCCAUGUCCUCUUCGUCCAGCUGGCUCGCUCGCUCGAACUUCUUCCUCUACCUCCUCUCUCUUCUACGCUACCUCUUCUUCUUCUGGGUUCCUGCCCUGCGUCUCUCUCUCCUUGCGUACGCACUUACCUGCGGAACGCGGUCGUACGUGCUCGACGGUGGCGCUUCGGCCUGACGAACCAACGAACCGCUCUUCCACCACCAAGAUCGCGCCCGAUCUUCCAUCUAGAUCAUCCGAAAAAUAUCUUCACUCUCGAGGGACUCUCGUAUUAUAUCCGAUCACAGUGGUGUUCUUCUAUGUUGCCAUACGUAUAUCGUCGUUUGUCGUUUCGUUCGUUUGUGUGUCUUCGUCGAGUUCCACGUGUGUGCGCACGAUCGGCAAGGCGCCAGUGAGAGAGCGGAUCGAAACGAGCUACGGCCCGAUUCCGAGGAUCGGAAAAUCGUGGCACGGCUCGCGAGGACGUCGCGAACUGGAAGCUCUCCUCGCGUAUUUUCGGAGCCAGGUCCCCGCGAUCGAGCCUCCUCUGCUUCCGCUCCGGUGUCCCCCCUCUUCUUUCACCAGUCAUGGUUGCGCAAGCAGGUAUUCGGAAAUAGCCCGGUGGGUCGCGGUUAUGAAUUGAUAGCAAACACAUGCUGGACACUACGCGCGGACCGGCUUGCAAGACGCGAGGAGUCGCCUCGUGUGUUUCUCUUCGUCGUUCCUGCCAGUCGUAGCCGAGUUCGACCAGUUUCUUCGCCGAGCUGCUCACCUGCCGUCUUUACAGAGAGACCUGCCAUGGCUCGCGGUCUCGUGCUUCUCGAAACCGUGCCUUUGCUUAUCGACAAUGUUCGAUAACGUCUAAAGUUGACAGCGAGUCGAAGAUUUUCCGAUCGUGAAGACUUUCUCUCGACUCUGCUGCGUCACACAGCACCAGACGAUACUCGAGAACGAUCAUUUUUAAACGUUGAUCGUUGUUUGAAAAUUCGAUGAAAGUAUUCAUUCGCGAACCGGCAUUUCGCUAUAGUGUGUAAAAUAGUGUAAGAGAAGUUCUUAACGGCAAGCUCCGCUUCUGUCAGACCACUGAUGCUCCAUUGACAGCUCGCGUCAUCGACCACUCGAACCGCCGACACCUCGAGCAUCUAGCAUGGGCUAAAAGAGAACUUUCGAUUCCGCCAUCGACUCCCUUUUCGCAAUUAUUGUUCGCGAUGCCGUGACCGAUCGAAGUUCGAUCGUUCGAUCAACGAGCAGCGAACGUUUGCCUCGAUGGAACCGACGAUCGUACCACGACCGAGACGAGUUCAGUUCAACCCCCUACUUGUUGUGUUACUUUCCAUCCAAGUGAUGUAAUAGAGGCGCGUUCGCGCGCGAUACACGCCACAGGGAAAUACAAAAGACGCAAAGUGAAUGACAGUGAUCCGGGAAUUCGUGUAUGUACAGUGAGCACGGGAGGACAGCACUCAUGUACGUUGACUACGGCGGCGACGCUUAUGCCGGAAUGGGAAUCAAGGCCAUGAAGUCCUUCGCCAGGCCCAGAGAUAUACCGGCACAAGUGCCGCCGUUAACACCUGGGACCAACAAGAAGAUGACCGAGGCCCUGGAGGCCUCUUUCGCCUCCUGGGAGAAGGAACGAGUCCGCCUCAACAUAACCAAAGAUCCGAGGCAAUGGUCGGAAGCAGCUGUCGCCCACUGGUUGCACUGGGCCAUAGGGGAAUUCUCCCUGGCUGGUGUGGCGAUGCAACCCUGGCAGAACAUGACGGGGAAGCAGAUUUGUGCCAUGGGCAAGGAAUCAUUUUUGGCACGUGCUCCGGCCUUCAUGGGCGAUAUCCUAUGGGAACACCUCGAGAUCCUGCAGAAAGAUGUCGACGCGGCGAAGGCCUCGCUGGAGAACGUGCCGGGCAACAUGUACGAAAGCGUAUGCGUGCCAGAUUUAGGUGAUUUCUUGGGAUACCAGAGCGGUGCUCAUCAGGGCGCGACGCCGGAACACAAGAGUCCAGCGACGCCAGCGAGUUCCGCCACCUCGAACUCGUCCGGCCCUCAAAACGCUGGAAACCAACCUACGGCCCCGUUGCAACCACCUUCCGCCGCGGUCUCUCUGCCCUCGAGACAGUAUCAUAAUGAUGAUCUUAUCAUUUGUUUAUCGACGAAGCAACGAGCUACACGAGUAAAGGGUGUACCGGACGAAAGGAAACACGCUAUAGAAGGAGGUUACAAUCAUCUACGCAGCCCCGUGUGCCAAGACGAGAACCAGAGGGAUGAAACCUCGCCGCCACCUCACAGCCAUAACGCUCAAGCGCCCAACUCUCAUUCCAGUACUCCAAACAGCAACAACAACAAUAAUAAUAACAAUAACGCGAACAACGCGUACAUACAUCUACGGAACUUGAACCAACUGAAGACGGAGUCGAAUUAUGCCAACCACCAUAUAACGGAGCACCUGCAAGGCGGUGGAGCAGGGUUGACGAGUGGCAACGAUCUCACGGGUACAGGGACUAACGAGAGCGACUUAAGGGUUAGUCAAACGGCAACGGAGAGCUACAUGACUCCGGCACAUUAUUCCGGCUACGAUGAGGCGUCCGAGUAUCACAGUCUGCCGCAGGAUCACCAACCGCCGCAUCCUUUCAACCUGGAUGGCUCGCCGGAAUUUUACAGCGCCAGUGGAAUUCAAAUCGAGCCGAAGUAUCAGCCAUCGCCGUUUAAAAAUUAUCCUCGAGGUCGCUACCACGAAGGAUACAGCGAGAGCGGUGGUUACGGACAAUACGACGCUACGCCAUUCCAAACGGUUCCAGGAAGCGGAAGCGGAGGAGGAGGUGGCGGCGUUGGCGGUGAUCAAUGGGGAGUCGGUCCUCUCGAACACCUGUCUCAUCAUCCGGCAUUCUUGGCUGGUCUUGGUCCAAGAGAUUCUUCCAAUCCUCAUCAUCCCUCGUCUAUUGGAAAUAACGCUGAUCAGAAACCUCUGUUGCAGAGCGCGAUGAUCCCCGGUUAUACAAGCACUGGACCCUGCUUUACCGGUUCCGGUCCCAUUCAACUCUGGCAAUUUCUGUUAGAGCUGUUAACAGACAAAUCGUGUCAAGGCUUUAUCUCGUGGACUGGCGAUGGCUGGGAGUUCAAGUUGACGGAUCCGGACGAAGUGGCACGUCGUUGGGGCAUCCGUAAAAACAAGCCUAAAAUGAACUACGAGAAACUGAGCCGUGGUCUCCGUUAUUAUUACGACAAGAAUAUUAUACAUAAAACAGCUGGCAAACGAUACGUUUACCGCUUUGUCUGUGACUUACAGAGUCUCUUAGGGUACAGUCCGGAAGAACUGCACGCAAUGGUUGAGUUGAAGCCAGAGAAGAAGGAAGAAGACUGAGUUUCUGUUAUCAGACGUGUUUAAGGACUGUGUCGUUUUACUAAUUGAAAAGAAGGAGAAAAAAAAAAAGAAA